AUGGCUGACAUCAAACUGAGAUAUUUUGCUUACGCCAGUAAUCUGCUAGAGGAACGGGUGAACCACACCUUGGGAAAUGAUUCCUCUGCUAAAGUGAUUGGUCCUGCUAAGUUACAGGACUAUGACUUGUGCUUCGACUACUACAGUGAGGAAUGGAAAGGUUGCAAAGCCACGUGCCACUCAGCCCCGAGGAAGGUGCUCUGGGGGGUACUGUGGGAAGUGACGGCCGAGGAUAAGGCGCUACUGGCACGAGCGGAAGAAGUGUAUCUCGGAAAGUAUCGCGAGAUUGAGGUUGAUGUCACGACACCAGACGGCGACACCUAUCGGUCUUUCUGCUAUCAGCUGGGUGAGAUAAUGGACGCCAAUGGUUUACCAUCCCCUCAGUACAAAGACGUCAUCGUUCGUGGGGCAAGACAAGCAGGUCUUCCGGAGGAAUAUAUUAAUCUAUUAAAGCUGAAACCGGACAACGGAUAUUCUGGUCAUGUGCAAAUAUACCAAGAGAUUCUUCAAUCUAUUGCCAAGUGA